AUGUCCGAGAUCACCACAAAUGCGAGCAGCAUCUUCCACCUUCCUCCGAGAGUCAACAGACCCAAAAGCCUAUCGCAACGGAGGACCAUAGCGCAGCGCUCUCUGGAGGGACUUGUUACGUUCCUCAUCAGCUACUUCCGCUAUCUCCCUGUCUCGGAGGCCCUGCACUACCUUGUCCUGUUGAAGGCUGACCUGCUAGUAGCCGUCCUCCUCAUCGAGCACAUCCAGGGCGUGGGCUGCAGAUGGUUCCCAAUCUCCUCGCCAACCAUGGAGGUAGCCCUGAGGUGUGCUGCCAUGUCUGCCUCACUCCCCAAGCCGGCCCUCUUUGCAACCAGAUCGCUGUUACUGGCCUCGCGUCUUGAGGGGCUCUCAAAGAUUCUUACCAUUGAUCGUGGCCUUUCUGUUUAUGCCAUCAAGCAAUUCCACGAAUUGCUUGAGGAACCUCUCAAGGAGCCACCUUGCUCUUCGGAGGCUGUUUGGCAGGCGACUCUUCGCUUAAAUCGCUACAUCAAAGGAACAGCCAGCAUCAACACUUUCCCCCUUGAAUUCAAAGAGACUCUGAGAACUUUGCUUCUACAAAAAAUCCAUUUGUUGUACCUCAAAGCAAUCGCGCUGCUUCCGAGGGAUGCCUUGCGCAUACGCCAUCACCAAGGACUCCUCAAGGCCGGCUACUGCUUUGGUCCAGCUAAUGACCCUGUCACCAACAUCAUUCUCAAUACCAUCUGGUACGACGCUGUAUUCCCUCCAUCCAAAGAGUUUAAGGUGGACAUGAUCAGCACCAAAAGUCUUGUGCGCGUCGAGUGCCGCUCCCUCAAUGGCCUCCUUGCUUUCCUCCGCGUCGUCUUCCCUGAACUCUCUGAACAUGAUGCCAUACUGUACCUUCUCCACUCCAAUGCUAACCUUGAAGAAGCCAUUUUCAGAGCAAUGCGUAACCUUGAUAUGUCGAGCUCUUAUGUGGAUGCUUACAAGGCUGCAGCCGAUGCGGCAUGGCAUCCUCAGCCAGAUGCACUGGCUAAAUUUGCGGUGUCAACACGCCCAAGUUUUUUGCCAAUUUUCAAGGCAUCGCAAAUGGUUAGCCGCACAGUCACCUCCAGCGAGGUCGAGCUCAUUGCAACAUAUUUUUCAGAGAAACCAUGCCGUGGAAAGUCUGUGCCCUCAGUUCCAGAAUUAGUUCCUGGAGCAGCCAAGAUUGUCGAAAGACACCAGCAAAAGUUCAUGGCUAAUCAGUAUUUCAUCCGCAGAAAGGCGAAAGCUGCAUUGAAAAGAUAUGCAAAAGAAAAGGGAAUAGAGUAUGAACAUGUCAUCUGUGGUGCAAAUUUUGAUUUACCUGAGAAUGGCCGGCAUGGUUACUUUCGGAAUCGCAAUGGAUUUCCAAUACACUCAUGUCAAUUUUCUGGCAAGACCAAAGUGUUCACAGCCUGA